AUGUCGGACUCUUCAACUCCCAAGACCAACGCCUGGACCGAGGAGGCAAAGAAUGAGCUACUUCUCCGCAUCAUCGCUCAGCUCAAGCCUGAGGGCAAGUCCAUCAACUGGAACGAAAUCAGCAUGGAGGGCCGCACCAUGAAGAGCCUCCAGAAUCAGUGGACCGCUGUCAACAAGAAGAUCGAUGCUAUCAAGCAGCAGACUGCUGAUGCUCCUUCCCCGCCUGCCAAGAAGACUCCAGGUCGCAAGCGCGGUCCCAAGCCCAAGACACCCAAGAUUGUCGGUUCUGACGAGGAUGAUGGUGACUAUGGAAGCCCGAAGAAGGUUACCCCCCGCAAGCGCCGAGCUCCCAAGGCCGAAGUGGACGAUGAGAGUCCCGAGAGCUCUGCCAAGGCUAUCAAGAUGGAACUCAACGAGACCAUCAAGGCGGAGGAUGGAGGAUUCGAUCAUGAGGUCUAA